GGGCUUGGAGGGAGGGAUAGGGCAGAGAACCUCAUGGGCACAGUGCAGGCAAAGCAGGGCCCAGGAACCUGAAAAACCAGAGGACCUCCGGAAGUUUCACCAGCAGGCUAAGUUUGGGGUUUUCUGUGUUGGACUGGGUGUCCCUGCCUGCCUCCUGCCUGAGCUUCUGGGAGCCCACAAGGGAGCAGCCACGGCUGAGGUAUGUGAGAAGCUCCAGGAUGCGUGCUCCAGGUGCGGGCUCGGCCUCCAUGGCUUCGUUGGUCCUGUUGUGGCUGCUGGGGCUGCCGUGGACCUGGAGCACAGCGGCGGCGCUCUGUGUAUACGUGGGCGGCGGCGGCUGGCGUUUCCUGCGCAUCGUCUGCAAGACUGCGAGACGGGACCUGUUCGGCCUCUCUGUGCUGAUCCGAGUGCGCCUGGAACUGUGGCGGCACCAGCGCGCCUGCCACACCAUCCCAGGGAUCUUCCAGGCAGUGGCGCAGCAGCAGCCUGAUCGGCUGGCCCUGGUGGAUGCCGGCAGCGGCGUGUGCUGGACCUUCGCACAGCUAGACGCCUACUCCAAUGCCGUGGCCAAUGUCUUCCACCAGCUGGGCUUCUCGCGUGGUGAUGUGGUGGCCAUCUUCCUGGAGGGCCGGCCGGAGUUUGUGGGGCUGUGGCUGGGCCUGGCCAAGGCGGGCGUGGAGGCCGCUCUGCUCAAUGUCAACCUGCGACGUGAGCCCCUAACCUUCUGCCUGGGCACCUCGGGCGCCAAGGCCCUCAUCUUUGGAGGGGAGCUGGCAGCGGUGGUAGCUGAGGUGAGUGGACAGCUGGGGAAGAGCCUGCUCAAGUUCUGCUCUGGAGACUUGGGUCCUGAGGGCGUCUGGCCGGACACCCAGCUCCUGGACCCACUGCUGAAGGAGGCAUCCACGGCCCCCUUGGCCCAGUCCCCUGGCAAGGGCAUGGAUGAUCGACUCUUCUACAUCUACACGUCGGGGACCACGGGGCUGCCCAAGGCUGCCAUUGUCGUGCACAGCAGGUACUACCGCAUUGCGGCCUUCGGCCACCACGCCUACAGCAUGAGGGCGGCAGACGUGCUCUACGACUGUUUGCCCCUGUAUCACUCCGCAGGGAACAUCAUGGGCGUGGGGCAGUGUCUCAUUUACGGGAUGACGGUUGUCCUCCGCAAGAAGUUCUCAGCCAGCCGCUUCUGGGACGACUGCGUCAAGUACAACUGCACGGUGGUCCAGUACAUCGGGGAGAUCUGCCGCUACCUUUUGAAGCAGCCAGUGCGUGAGGCGGAGGGACAGCACCAUGUACGUCUGGCAGUGGGCAAUGGGCUGCGGCCGUCCAUCUGGGAGGAGUUCACCAAGCGCUUCCGUGUGCACCAGAUCGGCGAGUUCUAUGGGGCCACCGAGUGCAACUGCAGCAUCGCGAACUUGGAUGGGAAGGUGGGCUCCUGUGGCUUCAACAGCCGCAUCCUGCCCAACGUGUACCCCAUCCGGCUGGUGAAGGUCAAUGAGGACACCAUGGAACUACUUCGAGAUGCCCAGGGUCUCUGCAUCCCAUGCCAGACUGGGGAACCCGGCCUCCUAGUGGGUCAGAUCAACCAGAAGGACCCACUGCGUCGCUUCGAUGGCUACAUCAGUGAGAGCGCCACCAGCAAGAAAAUUGCCCACAGCGUCUUCUGCAAGGGUGACAGUGCCUACAUCUCAGGUGAUGUGCUGGUGAUGGAUGAGCUGGGCUACAUGUACUUCCGGGACCGCAGUGGGGACACCUUCCGCUGGCGUGGGGAGAACGUCUCUACCACUGAGGUGGAGGGUGUGCUGAGCCACCUGCUGGGCCACACAGAUGUGGCCGUGUACGGGGUGGCUGUGCCAGGAGUGGAAGGCAGAGCAGGCAUGGCGGCCAUCGUGGACCCGCAUGGCCAGCUGAGCCCCAAUGCACUGUACCAGGAGCUACAGAAGGUGCUAGCGCCCUAUGCUCGGCCCAUCUUCCUGCGCCUCCUGCCCAAGGUGGACACCACAGGCACUUUCAAGAUCCAGAAGACACGGCUGCAGCAUGAAGGCUUUGACCCGUGCCAGACCUCCGACCGCCUCUUCUUCCUGGACCUGAAGCAGGGACACUACCUGCCCCUGGACCAGGGUGUCUAUGCCAAAAUCUGCUCCGGCGCCUUCUCCCUCUGAAGCUCCUCUGCUGGCCACAGACUCCUGCCAGGUCCCUCAAGCGAGGUGGGCUGGGGCCAAGAAACGGGACCCCAGGAGGAGCCCGAGUCUCCCCCCCUGCCCUCAUUCUCCGCCGCCUGGUUCCCUGAGCUCUCUGCUUGCCCCUGUCUGCCUGUGCUCUGCUCCUGUGCCUGCCUCUCUCUCCUCUCUGCUCCCUGGCCUUGGCAUCCCUGCCACACCCAUCUGCCCUCGCCUCUUCCCCCUGUUCCCCCCAUCUCUCCUGUUCUCCUCCCCUGUUCUCCUCCCAGGUGCAGAGCAGACAUACCCUGGCAACUUCGGCUUGUUUGGGGCCUCCAUCUGUCAUCCCCUCUGGGUCUUAGACCCAGAGUGGGACCUUCCCACUUCCCUCUCAGCUGUGCCUUAAGGAGCCCCACCUAGUUCAGGCCUCCUGAGGCUGCUGGGUUUCACACAAGGCUGCCGAGUAGUCCUGUGUGAAAUCCAGGCAGGCCUGCAGCCCUCCCUGCCAAACAGAGGAGCCGGGUUGGUCUUCCUGCCCUGCCCAGUGCAGGGGGCAUCAGCAAGGGACUUCCGGGUCAGCUGGAAAUUGCUCCUAGGCGGAGCCAGUUGCCUUUUGCACUUCCCACCCCUCGUGGGUCUCCUGCCUUGCCUGCCUUUCCUGAUACCCUGGAAGCUUCCAGAAUUGACUGUGGUCAUUUGGAUGUUGCCCCUGCCUGAUGUCCCUGUUUGGGCAUCUCCACGGAGCUCCUGCUGGAGGGACCCUGAAGACUACUGGGUGGCUGCUUGGCCCACCACUCAGACACUCACACUGGCAAAUGCCUCUUGGGUGUCACCAUCCAAUGUGGUGGCUAUGGGACCCAUGGGAGUGACCUAGUGGAGAGAGCUCAGCUAUUGGUGGCAUCUGAGAGGGCUUCAGGGGUUCUAGUCGUUGAAUGUCUCUGCUGGCCUUACUAGUGACAGCCUGGACCCUGUGUUGGUGGUGACAUCCUAGAUAAUCCAGCUGGGAUGGCUUGGAUAUCCCCACUGCCUUUCUUGGUGGCCCAUCCUGUACUCCUGUUGCUGGGGCUGGCCACUCUGCCUGCCUGCCUGCCAAUCGGUUCCUCCGGCAGCACCAUCCAGCACCUAGAACACACAGUAGGGCCAGUAGCAAGUGGACCUGCAUUGUUUUGCACGGGUCUUUCUAAGCACGAAGGUUUUGUUUCCUACUUCAGCUUAAGAAAUAAACCUGCAGAAUAUCCAGUGCCCGAAGGGAGCACAGUCAUUCACUGUCCUGUGGAACACUUUCUGAGUGUCAGAAGGCAGGAUCCUCCCUGGGAACGUGCUCCACCAGACACAAGCAAGGCAAACAUGGCCUUUUCUUGUUGCCCUGUUGCCUGUUUUUGCACCUGCAAGGCCUCGCAGGAGUGGAUGACACAGGUUAACAUUCUUGCUGCUUCCCUGUGGCCUCCAGGGCCUCGCCAGAGCCUCAGUUUUUGCAGGGGAUGGUCAGCCAGUCCACCUGUGUGUUCCAACAGCUACAGAGGAUGGCCCA